UUGGCAGGUCCCAUUGCACCCUGCGAUGUCAGAAUUCGGCGGGGCUAGUGCUCUUCAAUGGUAAGAGUGAAGUUUCUUAUCACCAGUUAACACUUCUCUUGAGGUUGUGCCGGAUUCGUGGGGCGCGAUUUCGUAAUGACACGUGCAAGAUGGACGAGUUUACUUGAGCGUCGUUGAUUUAUUUUGUGAUCAGUGCUCCACUUGAGUUUUGAAGACCUGGAAACGUAAUCGAGAAGACGGGGAAAGAGAAGAGAGAGAGAGAGAGAGAAAGAGAAAUCGAGCGAGUCAGAAAAAGAGCGAAUGGAGAUUUAACGUUGUUACUUUCGAAGAUGAGAGCACUGGACACAAUCAUGAACUCGACCUGCGCCUCUUGCACCCUCGAACCACCCCCCGAUAUCCUCCACAUACCACCGCCGCCGUUUCCGGCUAUCCUGCAGCAAGGCUCCGACUUUUACCCGAGCAGUGAUAUCCUGCCAUUCUUGCCGCAUCUAAAUGACAGCCCCUGCAAGCACUUCUGCGACCGGCGCUCCGAGGGUGUUCAGUAUAUUGAAAUGCCUCAGCAAGGAACUGUCUUUGAUGAUACGUGGCUCCUGAUCCUAAUAUCGUCAUGCGUCGGCGUCACCUUCAUCGGCAUUGUGCUGGCGACGUUGUUCUUGAAGUGCAAAUUCAAUAGGAGCGGUAAGAGCGGCGUGAUCUCGAUGCCGAACACGGCCUCCAGCAUGCAAACGAAAAACGGUAGGGUCCAAAACGAGGCGGUGCUGUACCCCUGCGCGACCGAUACUAUGCAGGACAGCCGGGUGAUGUGGGCCACCCUUACACCACGCGGCACCACCAGACACUAUCUGGAGGAGCACACGUACGAGACCAUCGGGGGUGGGCAAUUCCAAAAGCGUGCCUGUACGACCACACCAACCGAACAUGUAAAACUCAAGACUUACGCCGAUCCGCCAGCCAUUAGCCCGGUGCAAAAUCGGCCAAAGGACGACAAGGCCUUCGACAACACCGCGUUCGUGGAUUACGAGGAGCCCUUGUCCGUCAAGACCGAGUACUAUCAGCUCAACGACGUUCUGGAGCCGAACGAUUCCGGCAUCCUUACGAUUCAACGUGGCACCCUGCGCCCGCGCGUGAGUUCCCCGACGAGAAUCGAGCAUCCGAACCUACCCCCGUUGAACCUCCACCCUCACAAGCGCGCAUCUCGCAAGGGCUCCGGGCCGCAGCACACCUCGGACACGCUGCUGCGAAGCAGUAUCACAUCGUCCACUUAUAUUCCCACCAUAUAAACGUCCACUUUCCCCCGCCGUCUCUCUCGUGCUCUCCUCGUCACACAUCUCUUCGUCGACAAGCGAAGCUCAUCGUCGCCGCACCUUUCAUAUUUGACACACGCCUCAUUCGUAUCUAGUCAUUGUGAACACGCACCACCGACCGCGCUGUAAGUUCAAUUACACAGCAUGUAGAAUAGACCGCGCAGUGCUGAGACUUAUUGCAGAAGGGAUGAAGUCAGUAUUAGUAAGAGGGGCAAAAGAGUCCCAGUAAGCGAAAGAUCAUUGAUAGAACGAGUAAAUUGAGCAUUUUAAUAUUUCUCAAACAUUUUUGCAACCAUUUAUUUAAAGAGAUCAUAUCAUUCCGUGAUAUCUUUGAAAUAUUCUUAAAAUAUUCAGCGGAAACCUUCAAGAGAUACACAUCGAAUCAAUAUUUCAAGAUGUUGAUUUAAUAUGGACACCGCGAAAGCCUAAAAUAUCAAAUGUUGAUCUAAUGUUUUUUUGUUUACUGGGGGUAAUGUAUUUUCUUUGUCUAAUUAUCUAGUCAGUGGACAAACAAAGGAGGAAAAGCAAUUACAUGAAUCUUCUCUUUCGCUAGGGUAAGGCAACUAAUUGUUGAUCUCCUCUUUGGUCAUUGACACUCUAGAGAAACUUAAUUUUUCUUGCGACCAGCGACAGUUUUUCACAGUUUUAGUUAUGAAGUUCUCUUUUGGUAUCUCUCUUAUUCUCAACUCUCUUUUAUCGAGUUAAAAGUGCCUCUAAAAAUGGUUUAUAGAAGGCCAAUCAGAAGGCUUAUAAAGUUACUCUCUUAGAGGCUUUUAUCGAUAAAAGAGAGUUCAGAGUAAGGACCAUAGAGUGUAGGUAAGAAGUUUAAUCACAACGUUGGUCACAAGAAAGAUCAAAUUUUUCUCUGAAGUAUCAAUGACAGUGAAAUGACUAUAUUUCACUGUCUCUUUUGUUUCUCCUACAUGGCUCCCUCUUAAAAUGCUGUGUGAUAGAGAAAGCACUUGACUUGAUAUCUCUGUCCUUCAAACUUGUCAUCAGCCGUCGUGUAAGAAUGCGCGGAUCUAUUCUAUAAGUCCAUGGUUCAAUUAAAACAACGUAGUCGUGCGAUGUGUGUGAUUCUUUUUUAUCGAUUAAUAUAUGACGUGAUCGUGUAGACGUAGAUUGUGUAGACUCGAUUUCAGAGUAAACUAUGUAUGUAUAUGUUACAUUUGCAUCUUAUGAAAUAAAACAAUGCAUAGAAA